AUGGCCAACUACAACGAUCAGCGCCAAGGCAACUUCGCCGCCUCUGCCAACGGCUUCACUCCAAGGGCUCCGAUGAUCGGUCAAUACGGCGCUACAGGUCAGGCUCACCGAGCUCAAACCUUCCUUUCCACCGGAACACCGAUGCAGAACGCAGGUUCCAAUGUUGCCGCUCUUGCUCAUAGCUUGGCAGGCAUGAAUCUGCACCCUCAGUCCUACGGAUCCUCGGCCAAAUCCGGCUCCCAGAUGUCUGGCUCUCAGCCCUCAAUCGCCUCUCAGUUGUCCAGCACCUCUUCGGACUACAAUGGCCUGCAGGCUUUCUACUAUCCAGGUCAACGCCAAGUCUACUAUCAACCGGGUGCUCAAGCCGCCAACGGCAUGCCACACACUCCAGCCUAUGGUCAAAUGGCACACCUCAUGCCACAGGCUGCAUAUCACGGCUACCCCCAGCAGAUGGUCGAGCACUCACCGGUUUCCAACAACUGGACUCCUGCCCUGUCCAACGGCAAUACGCCUACGAUGUACACUCCGCGCCGCGACUCUUUCUCCUCGAACGACAACGACCUCCCUGGCACUCCAUUCAACUACGGCGGCUAUCAGGGACCUGUUGCAGUCUACGAUCGCUCUCCCAACCUGGGAUUCGCGCAUGGUGGCACUCCGUCUCCCUCACAACUCGGCGUUCCGUAUGCCAUGCCGCAGGUUGGCAAGUCUCCUGCGCAACCCAGCAACAUCCCGAUGAAGCUUCAGCUGCUUGUCCAGCAGCAUCCGCCCAUCCCAAAGGCUAUUCCUGCUCCAAGCUCCCCGCUGAAGCCACUUGACAGUGCGCUGAGAAACUCGAGUGGCGAGACGAACGUGUACAUCCGGGGUCUUCAGCCUGAGACCACCGACGAGAUGCUUCAUAGCUGGGGCUCACGCUUCGGAGACAUUCAGAGCUCGAAGGCAAUCAUUGACCUGAAGACCAACCUUUGCAAGGGCUUCGGCUUUAUCCGGUACCACAACUUCCAAGAUGCCGAAGACUGCAUCCGUGGCUUUCACUUCUUGGGCUAUGAAGUCAGCUUCGCUAGGGAAUCCUUCUACUCCAAGCUCAAGGUACUUUCGGACGAACACAACACCAACCUCUACGUCUCAAACAUUCCCAAGAACAUGAACGAACACGAACUUGCCUUGGUCUUCGCACCUCACAAAGUCUGCUCAACCAGGGUUCUUCGUGACCCAAGCGGUAACGGCCGUGGUGUCGGCUUCGCCAGAUUCGAGUCGAGGGAGGUCUGCGAAGAGAUCAUCAAGACUUUCAACAACACUCCGGUCAACAAGCCGGGCUGCGAGGAACAUCUCAUCCAGAUUCGCUACUCCGACACCCAUGAGCAGAAGGUCCUCAAGCAGCACACGGCUGCCGCUCGUGCCUUCCGCGCUAACGAGUUCGAAUGGGGUGUGAUGCAAGCUAGGACCGGCUCGAUGCUUACUGCCGAUCAGCAGGCCGCUUUGCCAGGAAACGAAGCACGGAAUGAGUUCGAGAACUACCUUCAAGCCAACGUCGGGUUCGUAGAGACUUCCCGAUCAUGGUUUGUUGCGCAAGACUGA